CCUGAACCAAACAAAUUCUUCAUUCAUACUGAAAGAUUUCUGAGAGCAGGUCUUCGAUUCUUCUCACUCUUCCACCAACUCCGUCGGAUUUUUUUUGCUCCGACGAUCCUCCCGAUUUCAGAACUCCGGUUUCCCUCUAAUCGCCCUCAAAGCCCUUUGCUUUUCUUCAAUGUUACGCUCCAGAGCUGGAAGAUAAGCUAAGCAGCUAGCUAAUUGUCGCCUGGGAUCCAGCGAUGAUCGUCAGGACGUACGGCCGUCGGAAUCGUGGUCUUCCGAGGUCUUUUUCCGACUCCUCUAGUAACGCCAUUCACGAUUCCUUCGGUGAUUCUCUAUCUCAGGAAAGUUCUCAGGACCCGCUAUUUGGCAUCGCUUUCUCGUCACAGGACUCCUCCACUAAAUGGUCCACUUACGAUUCUGAGCCCUACGGUACAAAUUCCUCCCAGGGUUCGUUUUCAGCGAAACCUGUACGGUCCUCUUUGGACGAUUCACUCAACAGAGGCAACAAGAAGUCCAAGAAAGUCAAGAUUGAUAAAAGGGAACUUGAGAUUCUUCAGUGUUCUCAGCCGGCGAUUCCUUCUACAUCGACUUUGAUGGAAGCCCAGGAGUUUGGGGAGAUGAUGGAGCACAUGGAUGAGGUGAAUUUCGCUUUGGAUGGGCUUAGGAAGGGUCAGCAAGUUCGGAUCAGACGGGCAAGUUUGGUAUCUUUGUUAUCAAUUUGCUCUACUGCACAGCAGCGGCGGCUUCUACGGACUCAUGGGAUGGCGAGGACCAUAAUUGAUGCUGUUUUAGGUCUUAGCUUCGACGACUCAGCCAGCAAUCUAGCUGCUGCAACUCUCUUUUACAUUUUGACCGGUGAUGGUCAAGAUGAUCACCUUCUGGAAUCACCAAAUUGUGUUAGUUUUUUAAUUAAAUUGUUGAAACCAAUUCUCUCUAUGGCUACUGAAGUGAAAGCACCAAGAAUUGGCCAUAAGCUUUUAGCACUUCGAAUGGAUUCUGAUGCCUUACAAAGUACAACAAAAACAUUGGACUCCAGUUCUUCUGCAAUUUUUUCAAAAGUUGAAGAAAUUCUUGUAAGUUGCAAGGAGAUAAAAUCAAGAUGCAUAGACACCAGCACAACUGAUAGACCAGAAUUGUGUCCAAAAUGGAUUGCAUUACUCGCUAUAGAGAAAGCUUGCUUGACUACCAUUUCCCUUGAAGAAGCAUCUGGUGCUAUAAGAAAAACUGGAGGCGACUUCAAGGAAAAAUUGCGAGAGCUAGGAGGACUUGACGCCGUCUUUGAGGUUGCCAAGGAUUGCCAUUCAAAUAUGGAGGAUGCAAGACAUGAAAACUCUCUGCAGAGCUUGGUGCUACUUUUGAAGUGCUUAAAGAUAAUGGAAAAUGCAACGUUCCUUAGUAAAGAUAAUCAGAGUCAUUUGCUUGGAAUUAAAAGAAACUUGGAGCGACAGGGAACACCACAAUCUUUCACGGAAAUCAUGUUAAAUAUCAUCAAGAUUCUUUCGGGUCUGUAUUUACGCAAAAGUUCUCCUGCUGGUUUAAAUAACGAGAAGUCGGCUCAUCUCCUUGAUGGGUCCUGUAAUACGUCCAAAGUGUUCGCGGAGGCAGAUGUUUCUCUUACAUUUGCAGCAAACAGAAAGAUAACUCUAUCAAGCAGUAAUUCAAAGACAUGGUGCAACGCCAAGAGUACUACGUCUGACACGAGCUCCAUUAUAUCCCAGAACAUGAGGAGUGCCACGACUCGGUUAGACAAUUCUCUAACAACUUCUGGAACUACCAGGACUUCGUUGAUGAACACCAGUUUCUUCAAGAUGAGUCAGAGAUCUUCCACAUCUGGUUCAUCCAGCGUAACAUCAAGAAGCGCCGAUACUGGAGCUACUCCUUUGAAUAAUCAACCUGAGGGGAAAAUUAAUCAUUUUGAUUUCACUGAAGGUUGUGAGCUUGCCCUUUCAGAGGACCAGGAUCCGUUUGCUUUUGACGAGGGUGAUCUUAAACCCUCGAAAUGGGAGUUACUUUCAAAGAAAGAAAGAAAAUCUCGGGCUAAAAAAGCGGUGGUCAAAUUUAGAGAUCUCGAAAAUGGACGUAAUUCUCAGGUGAUGACACGUGAGAAAGAAUCAAUUGGCGGAGAAAGUCAUCACUUCAAUGAAAGUUCGUGCUUAACGCCCUUUAGUGAAGAGAGGUUCAGUCUAGUAGCUGACUGCCUUCUUACUUCUAUCAAGGUUUUGAUGAACUUGACCAAUGAUAAUUAUGAUGGCUGUCAACAAAUUGCUUCCUGUGGAGGAAUGGAAACUAUGUGUUCACUGAUUGCCAACCAUUUUCCUUCAUUCUGUUCCACUUCAUCCACCUUAAAUGACUUAAAAGUGCAUACAUCAUAUCUCAAAUUUGAGCCUCCGAACGACAAUCACCUAACCGAUCAAGAGCUUGAUUUUCUUGUUGCGAUUUUGGGCCUGCUUGUGAACUUGGUGGAGAAGGAUGGUCAUAACAGGUCACGGCUUGCUUCGGCUAGCGUUUUGAUACCCAGCAGGCAUGGACUAGAACAGGGUUAUAGCAAUGUUAUUCCACUUAUAUGUUCCAUCUUUCUGGCUAAUCAAGAAGCAAGCGACGGAGUCGGAGACGGGCAGUCUUUGCCAUGGAAUGAGGAGGUAGCUCUUCUUGAAGGUGAAAAGGAAGCGGAAAAAAUGAUUGUUGAGGCUUAUUCAGCGCUACUUCUAGCAUUUCUUUCAACUGAAAGCCAUGGCAUACGCGAUGCAAUCGUCGACUGUCUUCCAGAACACAAACUAUCAAUUCUCGUGCCAGUUUUGGAGCGAUUCGUGGCGUUUCAUUUGACAUUGAACAUGAUUUCCCCGGAGACACAUAAAGCCGUAACCGAAGUGAUUGAAUCAUGUAGAAAUUCCUGAGAAUUGAAUCAUGGAGAUUCUGUAAAUUCUUAACCUCUGUAGGAUUUCUUAUCCUUAAUUCAUACCCCACAGAAAUAGAGAAAGCAAGCGGCAACAUACGGACGAACCCAGAGGGGGCUGAUCACUCAUGUUGUUUUCUUUCUUGUUUAAAAUUUUCAGAGUUCUCUCUUUCUCUAUCCGUUUUGUGUUCUUAUUUUUUUUAAUUUUUUGGUAGCUUUUUUUCUUCCUUGUAUACAGAAAAAACUAUAGUGAAUGAAAUCAUUAUUCGUUUUCGAGUUCGUAAUUUA